GCUCCGCCCUUCUCAUCGAUUCAGAGGGCAGAGCUCGAGAGACGCGAGACCCAAAUCCUUUCCACGCUUCGCCGAGCGUGGAGGGAGGCGGUGGUUGCGGGAGUUGAGGGCGAGGCCCCAGACGCCUAUGGCCGCGCCCGCGCCUCGCGACGUCGCCGUGCUCCUCCUCUUACUCUUCCCCGUGCUCGCGCCGGUGGCUUCCGCCGUGCCCUUCGUCGUCCUGCACGGGAUUGGCGACGAGUGCGGGAACGAUGGGUUGGCGUCUUUCACCAAGAUGCUUGGGGAGUGGUCAGGCUCCAAAGGCUACUGCAUUGAAAUUGGAAAAGGAGCAUGGGACUCUUGGUUAAUGCCACUUCAAGAGCAGGCAAAUACAGUUUGCAAGAAGGUCAAGAAAAUGAAAGAGCUCAGCGAAGGUUACAAUAUAGUUGGCCUGUCUCAGGGGAACUUAAUUGGACGGGCUGUAGUUGAGUACUGUGAUUGUGGGGCACCGGUCAAGAAUUUCAUCUCAAUUGGGGGUCCUCAUGCUGGUACAGCUUCAGUGCCACUUUGUGGUUCUGGGUUACUUUGCAUUCUUAUUGAUAAUCUGAUUAAAUUGGAGAUAUAUUCAGACUAUGUCCAGGCACAUCUUGCCCCUAGUGGUUACCUAAAGAUACCCACUGAUAUGGAAGAUUAUUUGAAGGGUUGCAGAUUUCUUCCUAAACUUAACAAUGAGAUACCAAGUGAAAGAAAUUCUACAUAUAAAGAAAGAUUCAGCAGCUUGGAAAACUUGGUAUUGAUCAUGUUUGAGGAUGAUGCAGUCUUAAUACCUCGGGAAACAGCAUGGUUCGGUUAUUACCCUGACGGUGCCUUUAACCCAGUGCUCCCUCCUCAAGAGACAAAGCUCUAUACCGAAGAUUGGAUUGGCUUGAAGACUCUGGACGAGGCUGGGCGUGUUAAAUUUGUGUCUGUGCCAGGUGGUCACCUGCGCAUCUCCAGAAGCGAUAUGAAGAAGUACAUCGUGCCUUACUUGAAGCCGGAUGCGUCAUCCAAGUAUAGCAUACGCCGGAUCUUGUCGGUUUGAGAGUGUAUAAGGCGGGCGGCUGCUUUAUUAGAAGCGAACCACGUUCAUAUUUGGGAAAUGUCUGUAUCAACUGGAUCCUGUAUUGAUGUCUUGUAAAUACGCUCAACGUGAAGGGAAGAAAUGAAAGCCUAGUGAUAAUGAUAAUAGGGUCCGAUUGGUGGGUUGCUCUACUAGGGGAAGGCCCAAGCUUACGCUGGGCUUAAGCCGGGCUUGUCCAAGCUUACCAGGGUGGUUGGGCCUCACAUAAAUGUAUGCAAAUGUUUGGUUGCUGGUAGCUCUGCGUAGGUCCAAGCUUACCAGGGAGGCAGUGUUUGGAUUGUCUAAAAAAAACAAGUGCUUGGAUACCUGCAUUAGGGGUUAGGCUGCGUUGCAGAAUACAAAAGAGUGUGUUAGCUGGUCGUCGACACCAAGCUAACCUCCCUGGUAAGCUUACCGUCCUAUGCGAGGCCUUUUUACGUCUCUGUCA